CCUACCUUUUAACUAUGCAAGGGAGAGUGAGGUGCUUGCGAAAGGGAGGACAGGCAAAAAGAAUGCCACAUACUGUUUGUUUGUUGACAUUUCUACUGAGUCUUGGAUUUACUUUUCCAAUAGUGAAGGGCAUUUAUAUGGACAAGCUUGCCAGCAAGAAGCUCUGUGCCGAUGAGGAGUGUUUAUAUGCCCUUUCCUUGGCAAGAGCAGAAGACGACUACAAUGCACCCGACUGCAGAUUUGUUAAUAUUAAGAAGGGACAAUUGGUCUAUGUGUAUGCCAAACUAGUGAAAGAAAAAGGAGCUGGAGAAUUCUGGGCUGGAAGUGUUUAUGGAGAACAUUAUGAGGACCAGAUGGGCACCAUUGGUUAUUUCCCCAGGAGUUUAGUCACAGAACAGCACAUCUUUCAGGAAGCGAACAAGACAGUGGCCACAACGCUCAUGGAUGUGGCUUCUCCUUCUCCUUCUGCCAAGCUGAAAAUUAUGAGUUCACUUAUAUAAAAGAACACUUUCGGAUCACAACACGGUCAGCCAUGGAUCUGUGAUGCUCACCGUUUGGAGCACCAGUAGGAUUUUUCUGCAUCCCUGCAAUUUUUACAUCCCUAGAACUAGACGUUGACUGCUCAUGACUGUAGAAGAACUACACAAGUUUAAUGUUGGCAACGAAGAAAUUGAAAUAGUUAGAGAUUUUGUUAGACCUUGGUUCAGCCAUCAAUUCAAAGUGAGGCUGCAGCCAAUAAAUCAGAAGAAG